GGGCGAGGAGGUCUCAGGUUGGGGAGACGUUUAGAAUAUUGGCAUUGACGCCCCGACUCUUCACCGCAGGUGACUGGCACGCAGAGCCUCAUGCCCUGACCAGCUGCCCCCCCACCCCGCACUGCAAUGGCCCACAGGGGUGGGGAGCGGGACUUCCAGACCUCGGCGCGUCGCAUGGGAACCUCGCUGCUCUUCCAACUCUCCGUGCACGAGCGAGAGCUGGACCUCGUUUUUCUGGAUCAUAGCUAUGCCAAGCCAUGGAGUGCCCACCCAGAUGCCAGUAGUGCCCGCCCCACGCGCAUGCUCUUUGUUACACCAAGGCGGCAACAUGAGAAUACCAUUGAAUCAGACGUCCCAAUAGAUGUGGAGACAGUUACAUCAACUCCUGUGCCUCUCUAUGACAACCAGAAGGCGCGCAGCGUGAUGAACGAGUGUGAAAGGCAUGUCAUCUUUGCCAGGACGGAUGCCGAUGCCCCUCCCCCACCAGAGGACUGGGAGGAGCAUGUUAACAGGACUGGCUGGACAAUGGCCCAGAACAAGCUAUUCAACAAGAUCCUCAAAGCUCUGCAGUCUGAUCGGCUGGCCCGCCUGGCCAAUGAAGGGGCUUGUAACGAGCCCGUGCUGCGCCGUGUUGCCGUGGACAAGUGUGCAAGGAGGGUGCGUCAGGCUCUGGCGAGUGUGAGCUGGGACACCAAGCUGAUCCAGUGGCUGCACACUACCCUUGUGGAGACGCUGAGUCUGCCCAUGCUGGCUGCCUACCUGGACUCGCUGCAGACACUGAAGGGGAAGAUCCCAACCUUGAUUGACCGGAUGCUUGUGUCAUCCAACACGAAGACUGGGGCUGCAGGAGCUGAAGCCUUAUCCCUCCUCCUCAAGAGACCUUGGGACCCUGCUGUGGGGGUGCUUUCUCAUAACAAACCAAGCAAACUCCCUGGCUCGCCUCUGAUUCUCAUUGCCUCCUCUGGCCCCUCCAGCUCUGUGUUCCCCACCUCACGCCGCCACCGCUUCUGGCAGUCUCAGCUCUCCUGCUUGGGCAAGGUCAUUCCUGUCGCCACACAUUUGCUGAACAAUGGCAUUGGGGUUGGAGUUCUGCAGUGUCUGGAGCACAUGAUCGGGGCGGUGAGAAGCAAAGUGCUAGAGAUUCAUAGCCAUUUCCCACACAAACCCAUCAUAUUGAUUGGAUGGAACACAGGAGCUUUGGUAGCCUGUCAUGUGUCUGUGAUGGAGUAUGUCACUGCUGUCAUCUGCCUUGGGUUUCCCCUGCUCACUGUGGACGGUCCUCGGGGGGAUGUGGAUGAUCCCCUUUUGGAUAUGAAGACUCCAGUCCUCUUUGUGAUUGGUCAGAAUUCCCUACAGUGUCACCCUGAAGCCAUGGAGGACUUCCGGGAGAAGAUCCGAGCAGAAAACAGCUUGGUGGUAGUCGGAGGAGCUGAUGACAAUCUCAGAAUAAGCAAAGCAAAGAAGAAAUCAGAAGGGUUGACUCAGAGCAUGGUGGACAGGUGUAUCCAGGAUGAGAUUGUGGACUUUCUGACUGGAGUGCUCACUCGAACUGAAGGUCACAUAGGCUCUGAGCCUCGGGAUCAGGAUGCUGAGAAGAAGAAGAAGCCUCGUGACAUAGCCCGAAGAGACUUGGCCUUUGAAGUGUCUGAGCGGGGCAGUCGGCCUGCUUCUCCAGCUGCCAAGCUGCCCACCUCACCCUCAGGCUCAGAGGAUCUCUCUAGUGUGUCCAGCAGCCCUGCCUCCAGUCCCAAGACCAAAGUGACCACAGUGACCUCUGCCCAGAAAUCCAGUCAGAUUGGGAGCUCCCAGCUUCUGAAGAGACAUGUGCAGCGGACAGAAGCUGCGAUGACCCACAGACAAGCGCAAGCACAGUUUGCUGCUUUUCUGAAACAAAACAUGCUGGUGAGGAAAGCUCUUCCUCCCGGCACCUCCUCCUGUCUCUUUGUUCCCAUUUCAUCAGAACCAGUGGAAGAGGCAGAGAAAGAAGAGCUGAGGGUCCAGCUGAAACGGCACCAUCCCUCCAGUCCUCUUCCUGGCAGUAAGACUUCUAAGAGACCGAAGAUCAAGGUGUCCCUUAUCUCCCAAGGGGACUCUUCUGGGGGACCCUGCACUCCUUCCCAAGGAGUGUCAGAAGCUGCUGGAGGAAAGCCUGUCGCCAUGACACUAGGGCAGGCCUCAGCAGGGGCUAAGGAGCUCACCGGGCUUCUCACCACUGCCAAGCCGAGUUCUUCUGAGGGUGGCGUUUCGGCCAGCCCUGCCUCCAGCAGCACCACUCCCAGUGCCCUGCACACUUUGCAAAGCCGCUUGGUGGCCCCCUCUCCUGGCAGCUCCCUCCCAGGGGCCACGUCAGCCAGCAGCCUCCUCCAGGGCCUCAGCUUCAGCUUGCAGGACAUUAGCAGCAAGACCUCUGGCCUCCCAGCAAGCCCCUCCCCGGGCCCAGCCCCGCAGGCCGCCAGUGUGAAGUUGCCCACCCCGAUGCAGAGCUUGGGGACCAUCACCACGGGCACCAGCACCAUCGUCCGUACCAUUCCUGUGGCCACCACUCUCUCCUCCCUGGGUGCCACUCCUGGCGGGAAGCCCACAGCCAUCCACCAGUUGCUGACCAACGGGGGCCUGGCUAAGUUGGCAAGCAGCCUCCCGGGCUUGGCUCAGAUCUCUAACCAGGCAUCGGGCUUGAAGGUCCCCACCACCAUUACCCUGACGCUCCGCGGCCAGCCAAGCAGGAUCACGACGCUGAGCCCCAUGGCCUCGGGAGCGGCACUGUCUGAGGAGCCCACCUCCCAGGUGUUGCCCUCCGGCUCACAGCGCCUGCCUCCAGCACCCUGAAGACACUGCUUUAAGGUGAACCUGUGUGGGCCUGCUGAGCUAUUCCAGUGCUGAAGACCUGGGCAAGACAGUUACUUCCAUCUCCUUACCACUUGUUCAGGAUUGGGCCUCUGGGCCUUGAGAAACUGGUAGGCCAGUGAUUUGGUACCAGCAAGGGGGAGGCACUUUCCUCCAAGAUCUGCAAGUCGGAUGCCUGAGUCCUCCGCCUCCUCGGUAGAUCUGGCCGACGGCUCUGAGGCACUUGUCCCCUGCUUUGGUGUGAUGUUUGUCCCAAGUCAGUUUGGAACUGCUCUCCGCAUUUCAGUUCCUAUGGGGUAUUAGCGUCGUGAGGAAGGCAGGGAGCGGGCUAGCAUUUUUUUAACCCAUUUAGACUCUAGGAUGCAGGAGCAGCCGUUGCCAGGAGGUAAAAUCUGCUCCUUUCUUUUUUUCUACCAUUCUUUUUGCUAGUCCUGCUUCCAGAGAGUGGACAGGCCCAGAAAGGCUGAAAAUGAGGGGCACGUAGAGCUGGCACGUGCGGUUAGUUGAGGUUUGGGGCUGGGCCACCGACUAGCUGUUGGUGAACGGUGGAACCUGCCUUGUCCAGUAUCCAGUACAUCUGGGUACAACCAGCCAAAGUGAGUCCUUGACCAUCCUGAAUUUUGAUCCCUCUGGGUGGCAAAGAUUGUCACUCAGUUUCUGUUUUGCACACCUUUUUGUCUUCCUGCUUAGAAGUGAGGAGGUUGCUAGCGGUGCCUGCCACGCACCCUGAGCCCUGAGGCUCAUGUUUCUGGUGAAGUAGACACUGAAGACGGACCUCUGCGCCCCCCAUACCCUUCAGAACACUUAGGUGCAAAAGUAGUUUUGAGUUUGGCUUUAAACCUGUGUCUGUGAGCAGGCUGCUUUCCUUUCUGUGCCUAGAACAUUUCUAGUCCGGUGAGAAACAAGCUGAGCUCAGAGCAGCGGAGCACAGGGCGGUCACGGGUGUGUGUGGAGAGCGGAGAGGGCUCUAAGCACCAGGCCUUCCCUCCCUUCACCCUGUGCCACUGCUGUCAGUAAUUCACACAGCGAGGCCGCAUUUUUGUAUUAACUGGUAGGUACCUGCAUUCUGAAAUUCAGAAGGCUAAUACUUAGUGAAUGUAAGAAGUUAUGAAAUCUGAAAAGAGGCAUCCAGGGCUCAGAGGUUUGGUAGUCGUGCAGAUAGGAACAGCGCAGAGCAGAGGACGGGAAGAUUGUGAGGCUCUGUGAAGCCUGAAGAGAUGGUUCAGAACAAGCAGGUGGCCCUGAAUAGCCCCCUAAGCAGCUUAAACUGCAAGGAGGUGGGCGAGCUGGUCCUGGCACAUGCCCACCCCAGGUGUGCUGGGGCCAAAGGAAAACACAAACAUCCUGUUGUUGUGUCCAUGAAGGACUCCAAAAUGGGACGGAGGAGCUUCGAGAGCACUGACCUUCACCUUGGAGGAGCUGGCCGGGGGGGGGGGGGGGGGGUGGAGGGAGUCUAUGGACUUACACUCCUUAGAUUCCAUCUCAAGCCGCCAUUCUGCAGUGUGAAAGGAAGCUUUGCCCUAUGCCUGUCUCCUAGCACACCUGGAGUCCAUACCGCACAGCAUGAUGCUCUCGGAAGGCUCAAGAACGCUUUGAAUUCUUGAACAGCAGACGUGUAUGUUGGUGUCCUGUGGGUGAUGUCUGUGGGCUUUGAGAAGAUGUCCACAUUUAGUCCCGUCACUACAGCCACUCUGGGUUAUGGGUUACAGGGCUGAGCUACUGUGUUGGAUCCAUUCUUACAUUAGCAAAACAGUUAACAUUUUGCUAAUUAUUAAAAACAACCUUUGGAUUGUU